AUGAUAGGGGUCGUCGUCGCGAUCAGCAUGAAGAGGCCGGGGCCGCGCAUGCCGCGGCCAAGGCGGAAGCGCGCGGUGGUGCGACCGCCCGCCGCCGCCGCCGGGUCCGACCACGGCGCGCGUCGGACCAAGGAGUUCAUACAGUGGCGGGAGUGGUACCUGCGCAAGCAGCGGCGGGAGAAGGAGAGGGCGUGGUUGUACUACGCCGGGAUACCGCCGCCGGGCAGCUAG